AGCAACACAAUUCACCAGGGAGACGCGGCACAGUAAACUCAAACUCAACAAGCACAUUGUAAAUCUGUUUUGUUAUGAUUUGACCAUGCCUGCAUAUGAGAACUUGGAUGAUCACAGUAUAGCAGGGAGCAACAGCGUGGAGCCAGAUUCCAAGCCAGAGUUACCCAAAGUGAGUGGACGAGCCUGGGGCAGACUACUGAAACUCUGUGACUUGUCUAAUGCUGCUGUCUUCAUCGUGAUCACUGAAUUCUUUGAAAAAAUCACCUACUUUGGGGUGCGAGCUAUCCUGGUGCUGUAUUUUACAAAAGCACUCAUCCUAUCUGAGAGCAAGGCUACUUCCCUUUUUCAUGUCUUCAUCUUCCUCUCCACAUCCUUCACCAUUGUGGGAGCUUUCCUCUCAGACUUCUGUUUUGGGCGAUACAGGAGUAUCCUCAUGCUUUCUGUGGUGUACCUUAUUGGUACUAUUGUUUUGUCAGCGACUGCGAUACCCGGAGAGAUGGGACAGUCUGUGGUGGGUGCCUAUACUGGGCUGUUCCUCAUUUCCCUGGGUUCCGGUGGAAUCAGAUCCAGUAUGUCACCCUUUGGUGCUGAUCAGAUUGGUGGGAAAGAGGAGAAAGGUUACCGGAUGUACUUUUCAUUCUUCUAUUUUUCCAUGAACCUAGCAGCUUUACUUGCAGGAAUUACCAUCCCCAUCCUGAGAGAGGAUGUCCAGUGUUAUGAUUCAGACUGCUACCCUCUGGCAUUUGGUGUCCCUGCAAUUGCUAUGUUACUGGCUUUAGUGAUUUUUGCACUGGGCACCUCUGUGUAUAAGAUUUAUCCGCCGACAGGGAACCUGUUCUGCAAAUUACUAUGCGCUACUGCGCACCAUCCAAUGGCAGUGCCUACAGUCCACACGGGUCAACAGUGGAUCGAGCCAGACCAAGCCAACCAGUUGUACCACAAACCUAAAGCCAGUAAAAAGACCAGUAAAACCAACUAA